UAAGGCAGCCCUGUUUUUUAGCCUACCUCCAUGCCCAUUGAAGACCUCCUGAUCCAUUUUCAACUCCCCUUAAAAUCUUCAACUCAUUAGUAAAAUGUCCAAAUUCGUUCCAAAACACCUCAAAGAAUCAACUACUGCGCCAACAUGAACGCACGAGCAAUGAAGGAGGAGGUGGAUGAGACAAGUGAGACAAAAAGAGUAGAAACAGUGGAAUACCGAUCAUCGGCAGGGCAAGGGCUACAAGAGAGGAAGGUGGAGGUGAUCCACAAACCUCAUUUCUCGGAGGCCUCCAAAUCUAAUACCAGUGGUGGUGUUCUUGCCGGUGCCGCUGCCGCUGUCGCCUCCACCUUACAAUCAGCCCAAGAUGCCUUAUCUCAAAAAUAACACUCCUCAUUGUCAUCUCUUGUUCUCCUUUCACUUUCUUUUCUUGUGAUGCUGAUUAAACUUCAUUCUUCUGUGCUUGUUCCCCAAGUCGCCUUGUAAAUUGUAGGACACAGUCACACAUAAUUUCAUUCAUUUCUAAGUUAUCUAUUUGAUGUCAUGAGCCCCUGUUUCAUUUGCUCUACGCAUGAUCUAAUCUCAGAAAAGUGAAAAUCGAUCUCGACUCUAAAUUAGCCAAAAAAAGCAGGGCUAAUAUGCUGUUUCUGCAUACAAGAAGGGGUGCUUUUUUGCACUUAGAUAUAUCCAAUGUAAAACAAUAAAUUGCAACAUAUUCUCGAAAAAUCGAAUAUCUGAAACAUACAACGUGAAAGCUUAAUUAGACACCUGAAUCUGACAAGACGUAAGUGAAUGCGUUGGAUGGCCAUGCUUUCAGAUUUGUAUCAUGCUCAAUCACUUCAUAAUCUCACAGUUGGGAAUACGCAACCUUUUUAUGUGCCCAACUUGCACGAGAAUCUCACUCAUUCCCUCUCAGUAUUUAUGCCUUCGAAUUUUUCAUCCAUUCACAAAAGCCCUCCGCUCAAAAUUACGCCUUU